AUGGCGGACGAUCUAUCGAAAAUUUCUGGAAGAAAGAUUUCUGUUCUUUAUGGAUCCCAGACUGGAACUGCUCAAGAAGUAGCCGAAAGAAUCGGGCGCGAGGCAAAGAGAAGACAUCUUUCAGCUUCAGUUUUGGCAUUAGAUGAUUACGAUGUGGUAAGUUGGAUCAAUAACCUGCAAGUAUCUAAACACAGUUGCGGUUAAAUGUUUAGUUCACGGUUCUGGUUUAAUAAUUCAACAAACGACUAGACCCAUGGGGAACAAUUAAGUUGCUUCCAGAGAGACUCAUAAUUUCCAGUAGCUAACAGUGAGAUUCGAGGGAGACAAAAUUGACUGAUUUUUUCGAGGGACCAGUCAUUUAAAAUGAUCUUGAAUUCUACAAUCUUGGACAAAAUAAAAUGGAACAGCAAACCCUCAUCCCCGACCCAAGUCGAGAAUGAAGCCGCGCGAAGGGCAAAAACGAGCCAUUUUCCCAUCCCUGAUUUGGGGGGGAGGGGGGGGGGGUCUAGGUUUUCCAUUUAUUUUGUCCAAGAUUGUAGCCUGCCUUCUGCCACAAGCCAUAUGAAAUACCAUUUUGAGCUUAACAGUAUUGCUGGUUUGCACGUGACGUCACGGCGGCCAUGUUGGUGGUCAAGAACAAAAGCAUUUCUCUCCUCUGGGAACUAAACUCUAUUUUCAUGUAAAUUCUUCGAGGAAAUAUUCUUUUGUUUUGACCCCCAACAUGGCCACCUUGUCACGUGGUUGCAAACCAAGAAUAUGUCGGUGUUCGUUUCAUAGAUGUUUCAUCCUAGCAAAGACAUAAGUAGAUUUGGAAUACACACAUCUUUGUUAUAGCCUUCCUGCUUUAGAUAUUUUGCAGCCGACUCGCAAGAAACACUUUUGGUGGGAAAUUGUUUUAUUGCUAGAUGUUUUGUGACCUUGGAGAAACCAGUGAGACUGCCUAAUGAAUUUGUUUUUUAAAUUUGUUUUCUCUUUUUUUCAGACAAGAUUAAUUGAUGAGGAACUUGUUGUAUUUGUCUGUGCUACGACUGGCCAGGGAGAUGAGCCAGAUAAUAUGAAGGUUAUAGUGAGGUUAUUUAUACCUUUUUCUUAUUGGGAAAACUUUUCUAGAUUCCUGUACUGGCCACCAUAGAUCUAAUUAGUUUUGCAUACAUUUUCUGACUCAAACAUGAGCUGUGCUUGCUAUUUAACUUCAUGAAAUAAUAAAUAGGCUUGUCAUUCCAUUUUCUACCAAAAAACCAAAGAAGCAGGGAAUUGGAAUUUGACAGUGACCAAGUUGGUUUGUCAGUGAACUGUACAUACUUUGCCUUAAAAUGAUAGCAGGUAUGGUUCACAGCUAGAGGUAAGGCUUUCUUUUGAGAGGAGAAGUAUGAAGUUAUUUGCAUGCUGUUAAAUUUUUUUCUCUUUUCAAGUUGUUUUGAAGCUAAUGCGCUGGCCAAUUAGAAACUUCAACAUCCCCCCUCUGCACCCCCCACCCCGAGGCAUUUGUACUUUUUAAAACAGACCUCCUCAAAUAACCAUUACAUAAGUGCAAUGUAGUGGUCCAAUACCCCUCCCAAAGAAGGAAUGUUUUGAGAUUGUGUGAAUGGUCUGAGCUUCACAUGAUAUUGAUUGGCAAUUGAACUACAACAAUUAAAUAAUUGACUUUGUUACACAUCCAUUUAUUUUUUGAAGUCCUUGCCAUUUGUUUAAAACAGUUGUUUCUUUACCUUAAAACUCCUCCAUCUCACUGUGAGAAAGAUCGCAACUAUCAAAUCAUGUUAUCUGACCUGGGUCAUCUAAGGAAGUUAAACUUGACAUUUUUGGUUCAAAUUCCGUUCUCCAUUCAAGUAAUGAUAAAAUUCUCCACUCUCCUGGCACAAGUAAUGGCCAAAUGCUCAGGGUUUACCCCAGGUGUUGAUGUUUUAGUUUCUAGUUGAUCAGCAUAUUAUUAUAACGGGUCUCCUUUGGCCAUGUUUUUAUUUUUAUUUCACCUUACUCUAAGAUUCCAAACAAAACCAUUGUUUUACAGAAAUUCUGGAGAUUUAUGCUUAGAAGAAACCUCCCAUCAAAUUCUUUGUCUGGUGUUUCUUUUGCUGUGCUUGGUCUUGGAGACUCUUCUUAUCCAAAGUAAGUGAAACCAGGGCUGUCUCUGAGAGGUGUUGGCCGGGAAUUUCCCCCGGCUACCAUGAACUUGACCCCUGGCUACUUUCAAAGGAAAAUAGAAGAAAAAUAGAACCAAACGAAAUCCCUAGCUGUUUGAUUCCCUGCCUACCUGUUGUAUUUAGUACCCGGUAAAUUGGAAUCUAAAUGACAACCCUGCAAGCAAUAAAGAGUAAAAUUAUUAUUAUUUAAUUCAUUUGAAAAAAAUGACUAAUGGCAUUUGAUUGUUAAUUACACCACAUUGUACCUAUUAUUUGUCGGUUCUUUAACACAGUUUUGUUUGUGCAGGUUUAAUUUUAUUGCCAAGAAGCUGUACAAGCGUUUGGUUCAAUUGGGUGGUACUGCUCUACAGUCUCUUGGACUUGCAGAUGAUCAACAUGAGUUGGGGUAUGUCUAAGGCAAGCAAGCUAUGUAAUAUUCCAAUGGAUUGUCUUGUACAUGUAACUUCAACAUCAUUGAGACGAACUGACCUUAAUACUUUAUUUUUUUAACAUGUACCAUCCACUACCUCUUUGCCUUUCUUGACUUUGACAUAUUUGCAGUGUCCAUAGUUAUGCUCAUCACCAUUCAUGCUAUUGUAUGGUUCUCUCUCCUGCUGUCAGCUCAGAGCAUAACAUUUUAUUUGUAGGCCAGAUGCAGUUGUUGAUCCUUGGUUGAAGCAAUUGUGGGAAAAGGUUCUAAAAAUGUAUCCACUGCCACCUGGAAAGGAGAUUAUCAGUGCAAGUCAGAGGUCAGCAAGUUGCCUUAACGAACUACAUGUAGUAGCUAAUUAUAUCAUUAAUGACAUCGAGUUGAGGUGUUAUGAUUAGGUAGAUUCUAAAUGCAAUGCAGACAUCCCCAGGGUUUGUAAGUCAUUGGUACUGUGAGGUGGACAUGCCAAGCUCAACAUAUUUUUGUGAGAGGAUUUAUCUGACCACUGAAAAUCUGUGCCAAAGAUAAAUGUUCUCAACUCUUUGGUUGCCAAAAGAAGAUUUACAAAAUUAGGAUGUUGACAAUAGGGAUUUGUUUGUGAUCUGGAUUCCAAGGCUGGGUUCUAAGGAAAAUUGAAGGGAGCCCAGUGCUCUGAAACUGUAAAAUCUAGGGUGCCCAGCAUAUGAUUUGUAUGAAAAAUCUGAGAUUUUCUUGUUGCCCGAGGGCAAAUGUUAGGCGCCAGGGGCCACCGGGCUCUGCUAGAGCACAGCUCUGGAUUCACUUCCUUUCCCCCUUUGGUUUCUUUGUUAUUCCUGUGCAUAAGCAAGCAUCCAAUUUAAUUAGAGUUCUUGUCGACCUAAAAAAAGUUUAAAAUCUGUAUCCAUGGAAACUGUGUGCAUGUGAUAUAGUCUAGUAUAUAUUUAUGCAGGCCUCAGUCAAGAUACAGAGUGAAGUUUGUAGAUGGUGGUCUCCAAGCAGCAAAUCACUCAAUCUCAAUUGAAGUUGACUCUGUGGAAAAACAAGGUUAGUUGAUUUGCAUUUUUAUGUGUCAUGAAAGGAAGUGGGUCUGCAAUACAAAAAAAGAUUAAAAAAUUCAGUUAGACCUGUGCAAUUCAUUGCUGUAACACAAGAUACACUUUCACCUGGAAGUGUCCUUUGUCCAUAUUAAUCAGUGUCAUUUUAGCAGGCUGAUUUAAGGGCCUUUCAUUAUUGAAAUUGGGGAAACGUUUAGUUUUUAAACAGCUGUUCUUAUUAAGCAGGUGUUUGUAAAACAGGGUUUCACUGUACAUUUCUCAAUUUUUAUUUUUAUACUAUGACAGUUAAACCCAAUCCCAGUCCAUGUAGAAGACAUCCAUUCUGUUCAAGACUUAUAUCCAACAAUCGUGUGACUGCAGUGGAUCACUGGCAAGAUGUGAGACUGGUGCAGUUUGAUAUAAAGGGCUCUGGAAUGAGGUACAGUACACUUUGCACCCCCAAUAAAAUUGUUGACACAAGCCGUUUUAGUAUCCCUGAGAGAAAGGACAAUUAAUGAGAGGUCCUCAAUCGCUAUUCAGACACAAGAAGGAUAACGCUCGCAUACAUUGCAAAGCUUUCUGGAUGAGCAGUACUGUAAUGAAUGCAAUACUGUGGGUAAAUAAAGCUCGACCGAUUGAUUGGUAAAUCAAUGUGAAUUGUGCAAAAUACCCUAGUUUAGCAAUGCAAGAAGAAAGUUAUAUCUAAAUGCAGGGUUUUGUGUUCUAGUCAUUCCGCAGGAGAUGUUCUGAUGGUGCAGCCUAGUAAUCUAGCCGAUGUUGUAGAGGAAUUUAUCACCUUUUUCGCACUAGAUCCAAACCGGACAUUCCUUCUUGAGCAGAAUGAUCCAGGUAUUUUUUUUGCAAACAAAGUUACUACUCUCAUUGAUGUUAAUGUCGUUGUCUUUGUCUAUUCUUUGAAUGUCAUAAUCACCGUGGUGAUCGUCGUCUGUGACUGAGUCUUCUUCGUCAUUGUCAUUAUUAAGCCUAUCACCAUAUCAUUGUUAUUAUCACCACCACCACCACCACCAUCCACAUCAUCAUCAUCACCAUCAUCAUCAUCAUCAUCAUCAUCAUCAUCAUCAUCACCAUCACCAUCACCUCACCAUCACCACCACCACAACCACCACCACCACCAUCACCAUCACCAUCAUCAUCAUCAUCAUCAUCAUCAUCAUCAUCAUCAUCAUCAUCAUCACCAUCAUCAUCACCAUCACCAUCACCAUCACCAUCACCAUCACCAUCACCAUCACCAUCACCAUCAUCAUCAUCAUCACCAUCACCAUCACCAUCACCAUCACCAUCACCAUCACCAUCACCAUCACCAUCAUCAUCAUCAUCAUCAUCAUCAUCAUCACCAUCACCAUCACCAUCACCAUCACCAUCAUCACCAUCAUCACCAUCAUCAUCAUCAUCAUCAUCAUCAUCAUCAUCAUCAUCAUCAUCAUCAUCAUCAUCAUCAUCACCAUCACCACCACCAUCAUCAUCAUCAUCAUCAUCAUCAUCAUCAUCAUCACCAUCAUCAUCAUCAUCAUCAUCAUCAUCAUCAUCAUCAUCAUCAUCAUCAUCAUCAUCAUCACCACCACCACCACCACCAUCAUCAUCAUCAUCAUCAUCAUCAUCAUUAUCAUCAUCAUCAUUAUCAUCAUCAUCAUGAUCUCAUCAUCAUGGAAGGCGUUAGCACGAUUUACAUACCAAUUUUGCGAAAAAGACAUUGAUCUUUCUUGUAGUUCUCAGUCCACAAUAAUUGUUCUCAGAUACCCAGUGUUCCCACAUUCAUGCAUAUUGUGAAAGAGUCCCGGCUCAUUUGUACUAGAAUUGUUUCACUGCGUUUUAACCCUCAAAAAUGAUGAUUACUCGAAAACAGCGACCUCUACGGCCUGCUAAGAUAGUAAGAGUCAUUUGAAACUUUACGGCAGAAUGGUAGUGCCAAGAGUUUACCCUGUUUGCUAAAAGUGACUGUGACUGUUUUUCAAUAGAUAUCCCUCUGCCAUAUCAGCUUCCUCAACCGUGUACCAUCAGGCAUCUCGUGGAGCAUUAUUUAGACAUACAAGGCGUUCCAAGGAGAUACUUCUUUGAACUGCUUUCACAUUUUACCACCUCAGAACUUGAAAAGGAAAAGCUUCAAGAGUUUUGCUCAGCUGAGGGGCAGGUAUUAGGAUUGUUUUAAGUGAUCGUGCAGUAAAAAUUCAAGAAUUGUUCUGUUUAUUUUUAUAACGGAAAUUUUUGCUUUUAUUUCCAGGAGGAGCUUUAUUCAUAUUGUUAUAGGCAGAAAAGGACUACGUUAGAGGUAGGCUGGUUUUAUACACUGCCUUAUUAAUAAUCCCUUUUUGCCCUUACUUAUCCGGCUUUUCCUUCACCAUUUUGCAUUGCUAAAACGAAGUGAGGCGGUUGUUUGCGUGUUGGUAGCCUGCGAGCGGGGUCACUUGUGCAAGUUCAGGGAACAUUUUAGGCGGCAGAGCCACCAUCACGCGAGGAGAAUGGGCCGCUGGAUGUCGGCUCCGCCGCCAAAAUAAUUUUCCACGAAUUCGCACAAGUGAGACUGUUCGCAGGCUAGCGUGUUGGUGGAUAUACUUGAAGGCUUGUUGUUCCACUUCUAUCUCACUCCACAAGAAAAUUUUCGUAACGUAUCUUUUGUUUGGCGGUGUAUUAUGAGUACUAGUAUGAUAAUGCUCGUAGUAUGUUGUUGUUUCUCGUUGUCUCUCUCCGGCCAGGUGUAUCAAUGCUUAGGAGAAUUCAUCUGCGAUGGGUUAGCAUCCUGUCCAGGGGGGUGUAACGAUACUCCGAAUUGCAUCCUUACCCGUGUACCCUGUGACUCUUGUGUUUCGUUACCUUAAUCAACAGCAAGCAUUAUAAAUUUUUUCAUACGUUAAAUUGAUACUUUUAGCAGAACACCCUAUAGUGCGAGGAUUCAGGUGAGGUGUGGACGUUCUAUAAAGUACUACAGUAAAAGGGUGUGGAUUUUUACAGCUGGUGAGUUCUGAGCGAAAGGAACGCGACUAGAGUGGAUCAAGCCCCCCCGGUCUGUCCCUUAAAGCUAAGCGUACACUUCCUUUUAAUACGAAAUAACUGUAGACCCAGAAGGAUUAUUCAUACAGAUCUGUCAUAAAAAAUUCCCGUUACAAUUUUUCUUCAAUAGGUCCUUCAAGAUUUUCCAGGUGCAAGCGGAAACAUCCCAUUCGAGUACCUUUUUGAUCUCAUUCCACCAAUCCAGCCACGAGCAUUCUCGAUUGCCUCCUCGCUAAUGGUAAGUGUAACACAGGCACACACCCAUUAAAGAUAUUUCCAGAUUUAAUUUUUGCACUUUAGUAAUACAGAUACUCAACUUCUAAGUGUACGAUGAAAGGGAAAAAAUAAACCCCGGCUUGUCAACCCAUCCGCCCCUGGAAAUUUUGCCGAAAAACGCGUUUUGAAGCUAGUCGAAUGGUUUUCUGGUCACUGUCGCGCUACAAAGAGCUAAAACUUGCCACAAAGCCGUUUACAGGUCGUACACUUCGCGGCCUUCUAAUCCAGAUGCAAAAUAUUAGCUUGCGAAGUUCGGGCAUGCGCAGAAAGCAAAAUUUCGCUUUCUCUCCUCCCCUCUUUUUUCGCUUUUUUUGCCUCAUUUUUUUUUUCUUGCUGGGCAUUUAGUAGGCUUCAUUUUGGUGGGAAAAGUUGUUAGGAAAGCUUUUAGGAUCCUAGGAUUAGAUGAAAGGAAAGGUAGGUGGGAAGUGGAACAAGACUUUCAUGGAAAUUUUCAGUUCAAUGUUACGUGGUGUCCUUGACUGAAUUGUGCUCAUUCUGGUAUGGUUUGGAAGAUCACUUCACUCUGAGCAAGUUAGCGGACAACGUUAUCCGUCACAAUCAAAACUGAUGACGUCACAAGUGGUAGAAAGGACGUGGAUCUGCACGGACCAUUAUGGGUGGCUCAGGGGCAAACUGGUUAAACAUCUUUAUUGAAAAUGAAUAAAAGUGUUUCGUUUCGAAAGAAACUGUGGUUCUCCGUUGGUGAAGUAGUUAGUACAAGUGUUGGACAUUUCUAUCGCCGCUGUUUGACUAAUGAAUGAAAAUAUCAGAUAGAAAUGUUUUCCGGUAUUUGAAAGGUUUUGUGUUUUGUGACGAGCCAAAAUCGAGGUGGUCUAGCAACAUGUCGUCGGAAAUAUCUGACCAUUCCGUAGGGGCUUAAUACACUCGACCAUGACUUGACUAAGCUCGUUCAGACCGAACAGGCGCGUUAACACAAGAAUACACGAGAAACUCGCUCAUCUUAUUCUACUUGACAUUGUAGGUAUCAACAUUUUUAUAGAGUAUUUAUGCUAUUUUCGCUGUACUGUUGUUAUGUGACAGGUUCAUCCAGAUGAAGUGCAGCUUCUUGUGGCUGUAGUUAACUAUAAAACUAAACUAGUUAAACCAAGGAGAGGCCUUUGUUCAACGUGGUUAGCUUCUCUAGAUUGCUGCAACAAGGACAUACGCGUUCCCGUCUGGAUCAAGAAAGGCACAAUAUCAUUCCCUAAGGCUUUAGAUGCACCUUGUCUUAUGAUUGGUCCAGGUACUUGCAAUAUCACGAUCUAAAUAGAGCACUAUCCUUCGAGCACAACACUAUUAUUUACUUUACAGGCCCAAAGGCUGGCAGGGGCUGGUUCGGGUAAGGGUAGGUUUGGGUUCCGACCAACCCCUGCCCUUCCUGUCUCAGAGGGUAAAAACAUCAAACAGACGUUCUUACAGAGAAUUGGUAGAGUUGUUGUGAACUAUACACUGAUCAUAGAUCUUAUUUAAUUUUGAAGUUUUGUUUUCAUGUAAGAAUUGAUUGUAAGGCGCAUUUAAAACUUGAACUGUACAAAAAAGUAAUUUAUUAAAAUGCUUAAUGAUAAAAAUUAGUUUUUAAAACAGCAGCAAUCAAAUAGAAUGCGUCACUACCCAGUCCAAACUCAAUUUGAGACGAUACAUUUGACAGUGUUGCCUACAGAAAUAGGACAAUAUUUCAAUUUAGGUUUUCCUUAACAAAAUAUGGUGUGCCAUGUGGGAUUUUAGAGGAACGCCAAGAAUUUUGAUAUAGAUAAUUUUUACCUUGUUUUAAUACUUUAUUUUUGGUUUCGUUUAGGUACUGGAUGUGCGCCAUUUAGGGGUUUUAUCGAAGAAAGAGUAUCACAGUCUGCCGGGUGUAAGAUGUUAUUUGACAAAGUCUGGUCCUUGAUUACUGAAAUCCAUUAACGAUUACCGAGCGAUAUGAUCAUUUUUCCCCCUUUUCCAGGUUGUGUGCUGUUCUUUGGCUGUAGAAAUAGCAAAAAAGACUUCUUUUUCAAAGAGGAAUGGCAGCAACUUGUUGAAAAUGGAAAAUUACAGUUGUUUACGGCUUUCUCAAGAGACCAGGUUAGAAACAAAGGAAAAACAAAUGCCAUUACAGUCCAAUAUUAUAAUCUCUGUCGCAUCAAUGCAGUGCUAAAGAGUUCAGUUGUUGCUAAAACUUGACAUUGAAAAGGGAGUAUAUGAAAGCAACGCUUUAAGAAAAUUUGUUCAUUUAUCUCAAAUGAAAUCAGCUGUAUCUGUUCGCAUAGUCAUCAAAACACAGAUGCGCCCUUUUUUCGUUUAUCUGUUCUAAACCGAAAUUUUUGGUUUAAGGUGGCUCGACUGGAUUUUUUGGGGUUGAUACCUCCCAACAUUGAGCAUUAACUACAUCGGCAUGAGUAAAGAUAUGGAAAAAUUGUUACCACAACUGUAUUAUAUAAAGAUGAAAAUUUCUUAUGAUCUGGGUUUUAUUGCAAUCGGAGUCGCCAUGGCAACGUAAUGACGCCAUUACGUUUUUCAUUUAUCUUUGUGUUUCUCUGUUCCAGGAGUUUUUUGAAGAAAUCGCUUUAGGGAGUAUGUACCUGCUAUAAUUGCCUCCAUUAUGGCGUAGUUUGAACAAAUUCUAUGAGAGCGUUUUCGAAAUAUUUUGAAAUGUAGUUUUAAGAAUAAUAAAAACGGUGAAAUAGCAUGCUACCUACACAAUUCGCUAAUAUUUUAAGAAAAUGAUAAGCUUUGGAAACGAGGCUUCAUCUCAUAGCGGUUUGAUUCCAUUGAAAACUGUAUACGAAAUAAGAGGGGAAUUGCUCUGGGCGAUCGCGAGUAAGAAGAAUUUUAUUAACUUGCAUUCGGCUGCUUUUGAUACAGUUUUUGGACGUAAUUUGGUCCAUGCCUAAAAAUUUCGCAUUUUUCCAAAAACCGCUCGAUAAAUUUUUCUAUAAAUUCGACAAUCCCGAGAUCAAUUGUCAAGAAAUAUUCCCUGCAAGUUUCAAGAACAUUGAAAACAGGGAAGGCUUUUAAAUAGGGUCUCAAAUAUAGCCAAUUUUUUCCCCAGAUUUUGUGUUUACAAGUGAGCGUCCUCAUUAUUCACUGGCAUUGUUUUCAAGUUUCAUAUACACGUGCACAUUUAGCAAAAAGAUAGAAUUUGCAUCAAAAAGGACCCUCGGUUAAAUCUCCGGGAUAUGCUAAUUACCGGGUAAAGAGAUUAAUGAUAUAUUAUAACAUCAGAGCAACUCUUUGUGAGAGUUUCUGUGAUGUUAUAACCCGAGUAAGAUAAUUAAGUAUUCCAUCCUACACGAUGAGCCGUGACGUUCACCGUUUCGGCUCUCACUGCUGUCUGUGACGACAAGCCAAUUAUUAGCAUACUCCAGAUAUUUCUUCGAAAGUAAUGGAGAGUUCUUUUUGAUGCAAAUUUAUAACUUUUGCUAGUUGUGCACGUGCAUAUGAAACUUGAAAACAAUGUCAGUGAAUAAUGAGGGCGCUCACUUGUAAACACAAGAUCUAGGGGGAAUAUUGGUUAUAUUUGAGGCCCUAUUUAAAAGCCUUCCUUAUUUUCAAUGUUCUUGAAACUUGCAGGGAAUAUUUCUUGACAAUUGAUCUCGGGAUUGUCGAAUUUAUAAAAAAAUUUAUCGAGCGGUUUUUGGAAAAAUGCGAAAUUUUUAGGCAUGGACCAAAUUACGUCCAAAAACUGUAUCAAAAGCAGCCGAAUGCAAGUUAAUAGAAUUCUUCUUAAUCCCGAUCGCCCAGAGCAAUUCCCCUCUUUUUUUGUAUGCAGUUUUCAAUGGAAUCAAACCACUACGAGAUGAAGCCUCGUUUCCAAAGCUUAUCAUUUUCUUAAAAUAUUAGCGAAUUGUGUAGGUAGCAUGCUAUUUCACUGUUUUUAUUAUUCUUAAAACUACAUUUCAAAAUAUUUCGAAAACGCUCUCAUAGAAUUUGUUCAAACUACGCCAUAAUGGAGGCAAUUAUAGCAGGUACAUACUCCCUAAAGCGAUUUCUUCAAAAAACUCCUGGAACAGAGAAACACAAAGAUAAAUGAAAAACGUAAUGGCGUCAUUACGUUGCCAUGGCGACUCCGAUUGCAAUAAAACCCAGAUCAUAAGAAAUUUUCUUCUUUAUAUAAUACAGUUGUGGUAACAAUUUUUCCAUAUCUUUACUCAUGCCGAUGUAGUUAAUGCUCAAAGUUGGGAGGUAUCAACCCCAAAAAAUCCAGUCGAGCCACCUUAAGUUUUACGAUCUCUCCAUGUACAGUACACCUUCUAUGUUAGAGCGAUUGUCGUAUGACCUUGAAAAAUGGUUUCGGUUUGUUUUAUCAGCCAAUAAAUGAAAAGAUCAAAACAAGGCCUCUUCGUUUUCCCGCCAAAGAAACCCCAAUAUGGAGAAGGCAUUGUUCGAUUGGCCAAUCGUGUUGCAGUAUGACGUCAAAGCGAAGUGUCGGUUGAUGUCUAGAAAGUUCUCGGGCAUGAAUUUUUUUCACCCGAGCAAUCGCUGAACCAACCAAAUGCCACGCGCGUUUGUAUCCGUUCGAUAAACCAAUAAAAUCGCAUUAUUUCCGUGCGUUUGUUGUUUCUGUUUUGUUCGCGCGUUUUCAUUAAAAUGUCAUACAAAAAUCGCUCUAACGUUAGUAACAUAGCGUGUUAAUAUUGUUUGACGCUUAACAGGAAGACAAGAUUUAUGUUCAGCAUCGGUUACUAGAGAACAGCUCUCUUGUCUGGGAUCUUUUAGCUCACAAACAAGGAUGGUGUUACAUAGCAGGGUAUGUAAAGUACUUUGUCAAUAGUAGGAGACUUGAACCUUUCAGUUGGGUCGACAAAAAAGUUAUCCCUGGACAGGUAUGAGAUUGGACCCGGGUACAACAGUCCUGAGAUAGUUUUCCCGAUGAUCAGUUUCAUGGCUUGAAUCAAUUUUACGGUUGGCGUCUAUUUUUGCUUUAACAAAACCCGUUUUUGGCCGGACAUUCAAAUCCCUCUCUCCCCCACCCCCACCCUCCCUCCUCCGCUCGUGAUGUAAGUAUAUGUACCAAGCCCUUAUUGUAAAUGAAGCAUUAUCUAAAAUCGGAAGUUCUGAAUUUCAAUUUCCAUUAGAGCCUAAAUGACCGGAUAAAGGGUCUGGUCAUCCAAGGAUGCGACCAGACAUUGUCCGUUGAAUGGCCGCCCUUUGACGCCCUUGGUGUGUCGUGUAGCCAUUAGAAAGGUUUUGGAAUAUUUUUUCUUUAUUCUUCAAUCAUAGAAACUCGCAACGAAUGCCUGCAGAUGUUACAGAAGCCCUUCUUGAAAUAUUCAUGAAGGAAGGGACAAUGGAUGCAACAGCAGCCGAAGAAUUUCUCAAAACGUUAGAAAGAACAAGACAUUUUCAAAGCGAGACAUGGGCGUAGUAAAAGGGGGAAAGAAAACAACAAGAUUAAAUUUAUCAAAAC